AUGGACGAAGAUGACUGCUCCGUUAUACCUCCAGAAGGCCUGCGAAUGGCCAUGGUGGCUGUGGCAGGUACCUUCAUUGCCGUGGUAUCCCUGAUCUUUAAUGCCUUCUUGUUUGUGUUAUUGAUAUCGAAUCCACAAUACAGACGAACACAUCUGCUAUAUCUUGCAUUUCUGGCACUAAUUGACACCUUCUUAUCAGGUACGGGAUCAGAUUUGUGUUUACUCGGAACUACAUUCAUUAUAUUAUGUUAGGUUGUGUUUGUUGAGAUUAUAUUUUUAUUACACCAUUCUAUUUAUAUACUAGGGUAUAUAUUAACGUAUGUUUAGAGACAAAAGAAUAACAUAUAAGAUGUUCUUUUACAGAACAAAGUAAUAUUUUACAUUAAGAAGUCUUUUGGUAUACAUGUUAACAACAAAAUGCAUUAAAACACACGUAAUAACCAUGGUAUUCCACCUUUUCAGCGUCGUACAUCUUGAUCUUUCCGGUCAAUUUGUUCAUGGACUACUUUGAGAGCGACUUCUUGGCUUGGGCAUGGUUCAAUUAUGUCAAGCCUAUGCUAGCCAUUUGUCAUGUAGCCAUCACGAGUUCAGCGCUGCUACUGACGUCAGCGACCUUCGAGCGAUAUCUUACCAUUUCUAAGAUACGAAGUCAGUUCUCGACCACUUUUCGACUGAUUAUCGUUAUGAUUACUGUACUUUUUGCUGUCGCUGCUAAAGCGCCAAUGUACUUUGAGCUAAUAGUAAGUGUCAUAUUGCUUUUUGUAUUUUAGAACUGUACUUUUGAUUACUUUACUUAUAUAAACCAUGAUGACAAUGUUUACAUAUAUAUAUAUAUAUGUAAUCAUGAUGACUAUGUAAAUGUAUAGAUAUGUACAAUAUGCUAACUAUAACAUAACUUAAAAUAGGUUGUUGAAAACACAAACUGUACUGGUGUUACUGGCUACUCAGCGUACAUGGCCGAGUGGAGCUAUGAAGAACCGUACCAGACUGUGUACAAGUUUUGGUUCAGGAACAUUAUCGGAACGUUCCUACCGUUCUUUCUUUCUCUACAUUUUAAUUUAAGCAUCGUGGCACGGCUGAGACAACAACAUACUGGAGCACGUUUAUUCAGAUUUGCUACAUCUGAACAUAGAGUAAGAAGAAGUUGUUUUACCUAUCAUACUUUACCUUGCUUCUAUCGUCUACAAUUUAUUUUAAAUUUAAAUCUGGGUUAUGUUGUUUUAAAUUUUGAAGUUUUUAAUAAUAAGUUUUGUUCAGAGGAAUAUACGAGCAGCUACUCGUAUGUUGGUGCUGAUUACCAGUACUUACAUUGUAUGCAACUCACUAUCAGUUGUCAUAGCUGCUUGGGAGUUUAUUGACAAAGUAAGUUAACAUGUUUUUGUAUUUUAUGUAGUAGUCCUUUUUAUUCUUUUUAUCUACUUUUAUAUCUUAAAUUACUGCUUAAUGCUUUUUCACUUUUGUAGGAAUCGCUGUAUACCAGUCAACUACGACCCUUCUAUACAUACGCAACAGACCUGGUGUCUAUAUUGACUGUUGUCGCUUGCUCAAUUCGACUACCAAUCUACUACUUUUGCAAUGUAAGUAAUCGGCAAAGUAGUUGGGUAGGGAAUGAAUGGGUAGUGGUAAGCUAAAGUAGAGUUAGAAAAGGCAAAGGCAGGCUUGGGUAAGGCUUGAAUCAGAAAGGGUAGGCUUGGGCAGGGCUAGGAUUGGGUGGGGCUAGAAGAAGUUUAUUUUUGAAUUUACAUCGGGGGUGAUCUAUUCAGUAAGCAGAUCCAUUCUUAGAGUGUCCCAUUUUCGGAAGAGGUUUAGAGAAAAGGCUAACAUUAAAGGAGCUGCUCAGGUUUUUUGCGAAAAAAAUGAACGUCGAAUUUUUGCGACAGAAUGCCAAUGAUAUUUGAAUGGGCGAACUGGUCCUUUAACAUGGUUAAAACUUUUUUGCAAAUUGCAAAUGCUUGUGUGUUGCAACUGUUUUUAAACAGUUUUAACUUAUGAACGGGUGACAAAGCCUAAAGUUUAGUAAUCAGCAAGUUUUAUCUGAUAAACUAAAUUUUUAAUGUGUUUCAAGUGCUCAAGUGCAGGAUUAUUCCACGAAACGUGAUAAUGUAAAGAUUUACGUUCCUGUGAAGUAUAUGUUUUCAGAGAAGACUUCGGCGUGAAGUCAACGACAGACUCCUCAGAUUCUGUGGCUGUGAACCCGAGAAAGUUGAAGGAGGAUUCUCGAGGAAGAGCCGGCUCACAACUAUAAGGUAAAAUAACAUUUAAAAAAAUAGUAUCAUACAUUGUUUACCAGACAAAUUUCUGUCAAAAAAAUAUUUGCAUAACAACAAGGAUUACAUUCAACUAUCUUUCAGACACUUUACUCUAGUUAUUAUUAAGUAUAUUUCAGACACUCUAAUUAUCAUAAGUCCAAAUUUUACAAACUUAAAAUUAAAAAAAGUACUUUUUAAUGUAAACAUAGAGCCUAUAGUAAAAUUGAAAUUACUACCUCUAUUUAACUUAUACAGACAAACCUAACUCACAUUAUUUUAGGUACUUGAAUACGGGCGACGGAUUUGUGUUGAGUAACAAUGGCAGUAGAAGACAUGAACCCAAAUGUAUCGUGGGAACGGGCUUCGAUCGUGUCGUGCUUCAAGUCGCGAUGCAAGAUUGGAGCCGCGGAAUGUGUCGUGGUGCUCAUCUUUGA